UAGGCGUGCAGUAUGACGAGAAAGAGGAAUACCAACUCCCAUGAUGCUUUGCACUGCCAACGUAUGCAAACAGCAACAUGGCUACCGGUGUGUAACAUCAGCAGUGCUCGCUUUAAUACCCUUUUUCUCGGCCUUUAAAAGUCUGUCAAAGUAAACACAUUUACUGAGCCUCUUUCACUAAAGAGAAACCUCCGUAGAGACACCGGUGGAGCCUGCAGACCCUCUGAAAACAGCGUCUUCGUUUUCAUCAAUCACAGACAGUUUUUCAGUGUGGGUCAUCAUGGCGAGUCCAAGGACCAGACGAGUUCUGAAGGAAGUGAGAACCCAAGAGGAGAACAAUCUGUGUUUUGAGUGUGGAGCUUUCAAUCCUCAGUGGGUCAGUGUGACCUAUGGGAUCUGGAUUUGUCUUGAGUGCUCUGGCAAGCACAGGGGCCUGGGAGUCCAUCUCAGUUUUGUGCGAUCCGUCUCCAUGGACAAGUGGAAAGAUAUUGAGCUCGAGAAGAUGAAAGUGGGAGGAAAUGGAAUAUUCCGUCAGUUUCUUGAACUCCAAGAUGAUUACGAUCCCAGCUGGAACCUGCAGGAGAAAUACAACAGCAAAGCUGCUGCACUCUUUCGAGACAAGGUGGCAACUGUUGCUGAGGGUAAGGAGUGGUCCAUUGAGACAUCCUCUGCCAGAAACUGGACAUCUCCUCAACCUAAGAUUGGCCUUUCAUCCUCUCACCGCUCUAGUGGACCCGGACAGAACUCAGUGAAAUCUGGUGAUAAAGCUUUUGAAGACUGGCUGAGCGAUGAUGUUAACUCAUAUCAGAGUGGAGGGGGUUAUAGUGGAAACCAAGAGAACCGGUACGUUGGAUUUGGCAACACAGUAACUCCAGAGAAGAAGGAGGAUGACUUCAUGAACAAUGCCAUGUCUUCAAUUUAUUCAGGUUGGAGUAGUUUUACAGUUGGAGCUAGCAAGUUUGCUUCAAUUGCUAAAGAUAAUACAACUAAACUGGCUAACCAGGCGACUUUAAAGGCCACAGAGUUAGGACAGACAUUAAAUGAGAAUGUUAUCAAACCCACCCAAGAAAAGGUGAAAGAUGGCAAAUUGCUAGAUGAAAUGGCCAUCGGCAUGUCUGGGCUUGCAAACAAGGUUCAGGGAGCCGGAGCAAAACUGACAACUCUCUUCACUGGAAAGGCGGAAGAUGGAUCUACUGGAGAGAGCUACCAAAACAUGGAUGCCACUGAGGGAUAUCAGAGCAGUUCUAACCAACCUGCUGGAAAGGACUUCUGGGAAACUUUUGGCAGCAACACCUCCUUAAAGGCCAAGAAAUCCCCCAGCAGUGACAGCUGGACCAUCGCAGAUAAUUCUGCAAAGAAGAGCUCUGACAGUUGGGACAAUUGGGGCUCUGAAGCAGCAUCCAACAAUAAAAACAGCACAGGGGAGAGCUGGGAGGCCUGGGACAACAACUGGGAGAAUGCAGAUGGUAAGACAAAGAAGAGUCCCACAAAACCUGCUGAGGAAUCCUGGGACAAUGCAGACUGGUAGUAAUCCCCCGACCAUACAUCUCCUCACCUGUUCCCCACUCUGGCCUUUCCCCCUUCAUCACCACUCGUUCUCUCUUCAUCUCACUGGUACUUUCAGGGAUAGAGCUGCGUCAUCUCAGUUCCUGUUGAUCCAUUCGAAAUAGAUUUAUUAAAAACCCAAGAAAUAACAAAGCCCAGGGCGAAAGUGAACCCACUGUUAAAUUGAUAUUCUUCAAAUGUAUGACUAGUGACCUGACAUGUGUUUUAUUGUAAGUUCCCUUCAUCACAAAAGAUGAAUCAUUGUAGAUAUGGUCAUAACGUGCAGCCUGGUCUCCUCUUAUAUAUUAUUCUUGUUGGAGAAUAAGCCAGUGUUCAUACUGUAUCAUGGUGUCACCACAUACUAAAUGAUGCAUGAGAAAGAAAAUCUAACUCUGUAAAUAAAAAAACAUUAUGAUUGGCCGAACACUAAUAACAAUAUUUUUAAGGUUCAAUCAGAUAGAUGUUACUCCGCCCCUGGACCUUUUGCACAUUUAGUUUUUGAAAAAGUAAGUGGUAUUAUUUUUGUAUUUUUAAUUUUUUCCUCACUGUAGUCACAAAGUGUUUUGUUACAUUACAUGAACAUACCCACUGUGAUAUUAACAAUCUGUGCGGAUAUGUAUAAUUGAAAGGGAACAAUUAAGUUUGGAACAUCUAGGGCUAAAUUAACUUUUUAUAGUGUAAUAUUGUUUUUUUUUUUGUAAUAAAAAAAUGUGCAAAUAGUCAAGGGGUUUUUAAGCAGAGAGCUGCUGCUGAUGCGACAUGAUGAUAUUAAGACUGGUAAUUAUGUAACAGGAUGCUUAGAAGAAGAAUUUUUAAGUCCUUCACUCAUUAAAUUUAUCAGCAACUAGCCCAGCAGUAAAACCGUUCGGUGUAGUAUAAAUGAAUAUACAUGUAUUAAAACACAUGCUAACCUAAAAGAUAGUUUUUUUCUCAGAAUGGAUGUAUUUAAGAUAAAUUGAUAAGAUGUUAAAAUCAUAUUGAUUGUUAGAGAUAUUUUUUUCCCACUGCUGUUGUUACCAACAGCUCAAGACUAAUCCAAGACGCCUGUUCAUACUUGAACCACAGCAGUGAAAAGGUUCAAGUAUUGUUUUCAGGACAUCUUCUACAUCAUGUUCAGAUUUUCUUUACAUGUGAGACUUGUCAGUUAAUGCUGAGUCAUUUCUGACAUUCCUUGCUUUUCAUUUCACAUCUGAAAUUCUGUAUAAUCACCUAAAUGAUCUGGUUGGGUUGAAAAUUAUCAAUUUAAAGUAUCCCAGGAAAUUAGAAGCAUUCAAUCAUGUUUAAGCCAGUGUUGCAAUUUUGGACAACACCUAUUGAUUGAGUAGGGGUUUGCAAGAAUUUAUUUUAAUAUUAUGCAAUUUUCCUUUUUCCAUUAUUUUGACUCUGAAUCCAGAUGAUGUGGUGUGAAUUGAAAUUUUGUGUUGGCAACUGUCACAUAGUCAGGAUAGGCUGAGCUCACUCCUCGUGAAGUGGUAUCAUGCACCAGGCAUUCUGACAAAUGUGCAAUCUCUUAUAACAACAUACAACAGUGAUUAAUGGCCUCAUGUGAAAGACACUGCGUUGUGUUUGUAGCCUGUGAGCAUGUGACCUCAGCUGAAACAACAGGUAAUUGUAAAUUUUGUCUCAUAUGAAGAUACUCUGUGAACUGUCUUCGCUUAUCUGUUAUGCUCAUUGCUUAUUUUGAGGCUACACAUAUCUUCACACUAUUGUUUACAUCUAGAUUGUGUAAAAGGCUCAUUGUUCUCUGGAUCUUAAGAUGGCCACAGCUCUCAAAUAUUUAUUGAUUUAUUGAAUCAACAUAAUGUAUCCCCAGUCUCAUGAAAGGCAGCUGUACUCCGAUUGUUCACAGUAGAUGCAAAUGUGACAUGAAGAGCUUGUUGUUUUAACAUGUAGGAAUGUAGUCAGUAUCCAAUUGUUUUUUUUGGUUUUUUUCAAAUACUAUGUUGAUCUCAAAAUACAAAACAGCUAUCAAGGUUUAAAACUGUGGAAAUUGUGCAGAACCAAACUUCCCUUUGUGGCCUUUGUUUCUGAUAACAUGAGGUGAUGUGGUUUUAUCACAUUUCCUUUAAUAUUUUACUCAUUAGUACUGGUAAUAACUUUAUAAACAAUGCAACACACUCAAGCUAUAGUGUAAUAUACUUUGUAAAAGUGAAUUAUGAAUGUCUGAUUCUCUGAGGAUGGUGUCUGUUAUCAUUAACCGGUAGCCCAUUAUAAACUUUUCACAGAGCAGUGUACCAGUGCAAUACUGCUGCUGGACUCAUGUUAGUUAUUACAGUGUAAUAACAGUUUUGUUCUGCUAUAGGAAGUUCUCAUUGGGCCUCAUAAUUUAUGAAUACACAGCUUUUCUAUCACCGGUUAUAUCAUAUGAAGGAUAAAUCCAGGUAACUUCAUUCCAUGUCCACUUCCUACCUCUAAGAAGAUUUCAGUUUACUGCCAACUUUUUAUCAUCAUUAUUUUUUUUUUAGCUGAACAGGCUUGAUUUAUCUGCUGAAAGAAGUGUCUAAGCACAGCCACAAAGAAGAGUCUGCUCGUGUUCUCAGUCAGAACAAAGAUAUUAAAAAAAAAGAUCACUCCUGAACACUUGUGUUGCUGAUCCCUGCAGUCAUGUGCUCGUGUGUGGUGGUGUGUUACAAACCUUAAACAGCUGUAAUUGCUGUCUGUUGAUGCUAAUGUCAGUGUGCCUGUAUGUCUCUGAUGCAGUGAGGUGUUCAUGUCAUUCACAUUAAAGAUAAUGUCAUGAUUUAUUGUUGCUCUCAGCUUCCCUGUAAUGCUCAAGAUUUAUGACAGUAGUUUUUUUUUUGUGUGGAUGGAAGUCUAAAACAAAAUUUUGAACAGCCCUUUUCUCUGUAAACUACCAACAUGUGUGUCUCUCCAACAAUCCAUAACUUUAUAUCAGUGAAUGUUCUGAUGGGAUUACUUAAACAUUUGAUUCAUGGAUAAAAUGCAGAGUGUGUUAUUGACUGACUUGCAUUCUAUUGAUCUUAACAUAAGGUGAUGAUUUUUGAAAACAUCAGAUGUUAUCUAGUCCUGAACUUUAACUUUCUAGAGCAGCAGUUGAGCUCAGUGUCUGUGCCUGUCGAACAUUUAAGAAUGAGGUAUGCCUGUGUUUGUUGAUCAAACUAUUGUCAGAAAUACUAUUUUUGAUGUCAUGCAUGAGAUGUAACAUGAAGCUAAAAAAAAACUUAGCCGUUGUUCAAAUUUUGAAAGCUGUUUCCCCCCAGUGAAUUUGAGUGCAGUUCUCUGCUUUACCCUUCGAGUUUCACCAGCAGCCAUCUGGUGAGGUGAGCCAGUGUUACCUAUUCAGCUGAGGCUGUGGAUGUUUUCCUGUACAAUGGUUUCUGUGUUCAAUAAAAUGUAUUGUGCUGUGAAUGCAA